AUUGAUCGUUAUUUUUAACUUCCAUGUGAACUGUCACUCGACACUCAAAAGUGUAAUUCGAUCUCAAAAUUUGCCCUCAAACGCAAAAUUUAAAUUCAAAGCACGACCUUCAACGUUUUAAAUUGUCGACGGUUCUGUUGUUUAGUAGUGAAUUUACUUUCACUUUGUUUUUUGCUGCUGCUGGUACAUGUCGCACAGAAAAUGAACGAUUAUCUGCAAAAUAUUUUGAACUGUGAUCUCCCAGAUUUGAAAAAGGACUUUCCCUUGUUUGAGUCAGGCGCGCUGGAUAAGUCGAGAAAAACUCGCUGUGGCGACGAUCAACUUUUCUUGGAACAGCAGAAAAAAUCGCUUUCUAGCGCACUAGUUUCCAGUAACACGGCUACAUCAAGAGAGCUUAACGUUAUUCGAUUAGAGCCAAUCUCCAUCAAGUCCGAAAAACAAAACCCGCAAGUGGUGAACGUCAAACAGACGUUUCGCUUUCCGAAUAAUUUCAUCACGAAGAAAAAUUCCUACCACUCAUACAGUCAGUCGCGCCGUCCAAUGGCUCCCCGGCAUAUGCAUAGUCAAACCAGCAAAACAAUUGUCGAGUUAUACGAAACCCAGAAGCGGACGGGAGACGUUCGCUCCGUGUUAUCCCGGUGCAAAUCUGAAUCAGACUGCGUUAGCGAGCAGAAUUCCGAAGCGCACAUCACGUCCGAUAAUCGCAAUGUAUCGUAUACUGUGAUUGAUGUCUCGAAAAAAUCCCAUAAUAAACCGACAGCGAAACCGGUGGAAAUGAUUCUGAUCAAACCAAAAAACCAUCGAUCUGUUCCGACAACACCAUAUUUCAGUUCUAAGAAGAAAAGACCAUCAUCCAGAAGAAAGUAUACAAGAAGCAUUCGCUCACGAGAUUACUUUCUAACAAAGUUAAUAUCGCCAAAACGCAAAUCCAAAUAUCCCAACAUCAAAUCAGAAAGCUCAGAUCACGAAGACGACACCAGGAAAGAAAGCAGUUCCCAAGAAGACUGCGGUAUCACUAGUUCAGAGAGCUCGAACCAAUCCACUGACUCCUUGCUGGAUGCUGACUGCUCAAUUCACGAUACCAUACAAAUAAACAAAAUUAUCGACAAACUUCAAGAUAACGUCUGGGAGGUCAAUCUGCAGGGGAUUCGUGAGUUGAUGGAAACGGCCAGCCAAAUGGAUUGGAAAAAGUACGAAAAAGAUAUAACCAUCAUCAAUCGGAAAUUGAUCGAUUACCUUAAAAGUCCACGGUCCUCUCUCUGCCGCUCGGCAUGUCAAGCAACUGGGGAGCUCUUUCGGGAGGCGAAAUCCACCAAACGACCAGAGUUUGACGAAAUCGUGGACAUCUUAUUGUGUAAAACCGCGGACUCGAAUCGGUUCAUCCAAAAGGACGCCAACAUAGCACUGGAUAAGCUAGUAACGUACAUUUCGACUUCGCAUACUAUAAGGGCACUUUCGGCACGAGGACCAGUGCAUAAAAACCCUUUGGUUCGAAUCGCUACAGCAAGGCUUCUGGUAUGUGUCUGUGCACUGUCAGGGCUGGAUGCAAUUUUGGGAACCUACGCCAACCCGCGAACGCGUAAGGCAAUCCUCGAUAUGCUGGCCAAGUUUCUUACCGAUAAAAAUGCAGAAACGAGGAAAUUCGGAGAACGACUGUACAAAAUGCUGCGAAAGCAUAAAUUUUUCAACGAAUACUUCUACAAGGACAUGGACAGCAACUGCAAAAGUAACUUGAAACGAGUUUUGAAAUCAUUGGGAUAUGUUAAUUAA